GAGCGGUGGCACUUCCUGAGGAAGGAAGUGGCGACCCGCAUGGCGGUGGCGCAUGUGCCAGACGAGCUCUUCCAGUGUCACAUGCGCUCCAAGGUCACCGAAUGUGCCAGCUUCGGGUGCAACUCAGCCAUUCGGCUGACCUACUACAGGUACCCGGACGAAAUGUGCUACACUAUUGACAACUACCAGUGGACAAACUCCCAGCAUCCGAUGCAACAGUGCGAGUCCCCCUGGAACUACGAGCUGCUGUUUCGUGCCUCCUGGGAUCGAAACGCGACGGUGGCCCUGGCUGAACCCGAUGCUCUCCCUCUCAUCUUGCACAGUCCGUACUCGUGCCCACCCGACAAGCUCUCUUCGGUCAUGAUCCAACCGGGCAUGACAUACACCAUCGCCGUCUCGCAGGAGAAGGUGGAGCGUUUGCCUGCCCCUUACAAGUCAAGCUGCACAGACUACAUCUCCAUGGGCAACCAGAAGAAAUAUUUUGGUCACUACACUCAGGACAUAUGCGUCCAGAACUGCGAAAUGACACUGGACAUGAAGCACUGCCAAUGCGUCCGCACGCACCACGAGUUCGCGGCUACCUUUGGAGGCCAGGUCUGCGAUAUCAUCAGAGACGACAUAUGUACCAGAAAGGUCGAGAACCUGGGAACCUACCAGCUGUGUCUGAGCCGCUGCCGUGUAGCCUGCCAAGACAAGUUCUCCUUCAUAAUAAAAUUUUCAUCCGAUACACAACGAGUGCUGCAGUACCAGCCCAAUCUUUCGAUAGUAGAAGCAUUCGGGUAUUUCGGAGGAUACAUCGGAAUAUGGCUGGGCUUUUCCUUGCUGUCAGUGCUCCUUCAUCUUGAAGCGCACAUGGCGAACGCCUUCGCCAAGCGGAUGCAAAGAGUCAAGGCAGCUGAAGACGUCGUGACGGUAUUCCGGCUGAAGCAGCGCUUCUGAGGUCUUCGUGCGCAGGUGACGACGGCUCGAGGACUGCGCAUGCGCACAGAUCAGGCACCAGAAGCUCGGCUGUGAAAUGAUACUUCAUGCAACUUCUGUCGCGGCACUGAAAGCACUUCGCUGAUCAAUCUGACGGCACUUCCUCUCACCGGUCCUCUUGCUGAUUCCAGAUAAUAAAGUGAUGAACA